CAACCACCGGGCUCAAGGAUUUGUCCGAGCUAUCUCGAUUCAUCGAUAUGGAUCCCUGUCCCUUCGUCCGGGUUUUAGUGGGCAACUUGGCGCUCAAGAUCCCCGUCGCCACCCGCCCUGCAGGAGUCGGCGUCCACAAUUCCUCCUUCCCCUGCUUCGCCAAGAUCCGCCUCGAUAAAUCCUCCUGCCAGACCUCUGCCGUCCCGCUUGUCUCCCCUGAGGAGCCUCCCUCUACGCCGUCUUCCUCCCUUGCCGCCCAUUUUAACCUUUCCAAGGCCGAUCUCGACCGGAUCUCUAGCAAAUCUUCGAUCUUUGCGGUGAAUGGAGCCGGCUCCAGACUCAGUGUCGCUGUGUAUACUGGUCGGAGAGGGACUACCUGCGGAGUCGCCUCGGGCCGGCUCCUCGGAGAGGUCACGGUGACUUUGGAUUUGAAGAGUACCAUCGCGGAGGGAGGUGAGAACAGGGCCGUUGUGUUUCACAGCGGGUGGGUGGAGUUGAGCAAGAAGAACGCGAGGAAGGGGUCGUCGUCGCCCGCGCAGUUGUAUCUCACGGUGAGGGCGGAUCCUGAUCCGCGGUUCGUGUUUGAGUUCGACGGUGAGCCAGAGUGCAGCCCUCAGGUGUUCCAGGUGCAAGGAAACAUUAGGCAGCCAGUUUUCACUUGCAAGUUUUGCUGCCGCAGUGCUGGCGACUUGAAUUCUAGCGCCAGAUCGAUGUAUUCGCAGCGAGGGAGCUCUGGACGUUGCUUUCCGUCGUUCGGAUCUGAGCGGGAUCGAACGGUGAAGGAGCGGAAAGGGUGGUCGGUAACAGUGCAUGACCUUUCCGGUUCGCCCGUAGCCCUCGCCUCCAUGGCGACCCCCUUCGUUGCCUCUCCUGGCACUGAUAAGGUCAGUCGCUCAAACCCCGGUGCAUGGCUCCUGCUCCGGCCCGGAGACGGCACCUGGAAGCCAUGGGGGCGCCUCGAAGCCUGGCGCGAGCGCGGUGGCGCAAAUUCUGGCGACGGCCUCGGCUACCGUUUCGAGCUCCUCGCGGAGGCUGCCACUGGGGCGGGCAUAAACCUCGCUGAGUCCAACCUGAGCGCCACCAAGGGCGGCAAGUUCAACAUCGAUCUGACCAGCGCUGCUGGCACGCCUUUAAGCCGGUCGACCUCGCCGGGCUGCAGCCCGAGGGGGAGCGGCGACUUCGGGCACGCAAUAUGGCCGUUCUCUAGCUACCGGGGGUUUGUGAUGUCAUCCACGGUGGCCGGUGAGGGGCGAAGCGGCCGGCCCACUGUCGAGGUCAGUGUGCAGCACGUGGUGUGCGCAGAGGACGCUGCCGCCUUCGUGGCGUUGGCCGCCGCUAUCGACCUCAGCAUGAACGCCUGCCGUCUCUUCAGCCACAAGCUCAGGAGGGAGCUGAGCUCGCCAGAUUUGCUGCGAUGAUUUAAUCCUACCAAGGCGUCUGCUUUUGUCUGUAUAGGCGUGAGAAAUGUUUCAUAAGCAAGUUUUUAUUUGCUUCCCGUGCAUUUCAGCUGCAUAUGCAUUUGUUUUAACAGCCUUCUAGUUGGUUUUUAUUGCGCUAGAAGUGUAGUAAAGAAAGAAUGAAAGUUUGGUUUUUAUUGCGCUACAAGUGUAGUAAAGAGAGAAUGAAAGGGCUCAUGAAAGCAGUCUGUAAUCUUUAGUGUCUUGUUUCAACUUGUGGGUCGACCCUUUUUUGUGACUUGCGAGUGGUGUCAAAAGUAUAAAAAAGAAACAACCUGGACCAUAAUUUGAAUAAAC